AUGCUCGAUAUCAGGGAGUACAGGGUGCCAGUCAGUCUGACGCAGCUGAAGGCUUUCCUGCGUGAGGAUUCUGGAAAGAAGAUCAGCAAAACCAUCCGCAAGGUGGAGUUCGUGUGCCUCUGCAACGCAGGGGGAAGAGUGCCCGGGGUCGUGUUUUCCCUGCCACAAGAGCAAGAGCUCCUGGUAUCAUUUGCCGCCAAGGACAUCGAGACACAGCUGCUGCGUCUGGGCCGGACGGGGUGGGGCUGCCACAUCUUUGACGUGGCAGUGAUGAAUGGCGAUGGCAAGAAGAUGACACACUACCCAGCAGUGGGCCGGCAAGUCCACAUUACAGCCGACACGGAUGUGGUGGAGAAUGUCACCCUCAUCCACUGUCCUCCGGAUCGGCAUGUGAAGGUCGCAGUACCCAUCCAGAUCUUUGGGGAGGAGGUCUGCCCGGGGCUGAAGGCGGGGGGGCGCAUCAACCAUAUCUCGAGGAAGGUCCGAGUGCUGGCGCGGGGCGACUCCAUCCCGGAAAGCUUUGAGCUGAAUGUCAGCGCCUUGAAUGUGGGGGACAAGCUGCACUUCUCCGAUCUUGUCAUCCCGGAGAACGUCAAGCUGCUCGAGGAUGUGGCUGCCCCCGCCCUCAAGAUCAUGAGGAAGUAG